UUUAUUACACGAAGUUCGAAAUGUUUUGCAGAAAGUGAAAUAUUUCUUUAGAUUUUGCUGAAAAAAACGCUUAAAAUCACUGCUAAAAAGCCAAGCAAUGGACAGUGACGACGAAUACGAACGCCGGCCUCGCGGUAGGGAUAAAUUUCGUCGGGAACGAAGCGAUUAUCAAGAGAGAAGCGAAGGUCGCAGAGAGAAUAACAGGUCCGGUGGAGGUGGGGGAAACAGGCGAGACGACUCGUGGCAGGAUAAUCGGCGGGGAAGACAGCAACAGUGGGAUAACAAUCCAAGACGAAAUAGAGAUAAUUAUGGAGGAGGUGGGGGGAGGCAUCAUGAAGGGGCUGGCCCCCCGAUGAAAAGGCAGCGGAGAGAUUGGGAUAACUCUGGUUAUAGUAAUCAGCAAGGUGGGGAUUAUGGUGGAUACAGCAAUCAAAAUGCAAACCAAUGGGGUGUGCCUGCAGACACCCAGCAGCAUUCGUUUAACAACCAGCAGCAAGCGGAAGCCACUGCCGGGCCAAGAAUGCUCAGUUUCAAACAGUUUCUCAACUCUCAAGCAGACGACAUUGAAGACAUGGAAGCUGUGCGUAAAUACCAAGAAUAUAAACUUGAGUUUCGAAAAACUCAAAUUGCUGACUUCUUUACCUCGCACAAAGAUGAAGAAUGGUUUCGCAACAAGUAUAAUCCAAGCGAGUCUCUUGCCUACCAAAGUAAGUUAAAUCAAGCAGUGAAGAAACGAGCGUCAGUGUUUGUUGACCUCUUCCAGUCUGGAUGGUUCGACAGGUUUACUUUAACAGCUGAACAAGGCGAGGAAAUCACAAAGUUGCUUGACGCAGCUGUCAUAAAGUUUGAGGGUGGAACAGAUUUUGAUUUGCAAGUGCUUAAUGAGAAGGCCAAGCGUGCUGAAUUACAAGCCAACCAGGAAAGUCAAAGCAAUGAGGCCAAGCCACAAACAGACAACGCUGUACAACAAGACAGUUCAACAGAUAAAGGUGUUAACCCUGUCUCCCCCACUUCUGUGCCCUUACCCGAGACCCCUGCCCCUGCAUCAGAGCCUCUGAAGUCAGACAAGGAGGGGAAACCUGGGGAUGUUCCUGAUCCUGCUUCAGAACAAGUGAAGGUGAACGAGGAUCAACAACAGGAAGGACAGGAUGGAAAGUCUCGAAAACGCAAGCAUCGUCACAGGGAUGCUUACUACAAUGAUGAUAAUGGUGAGAGCGAGAGUGAGUCAGACUCCGAAAUAGAACCUCCACCUGCUGGAGGAGAAUCUUCCAAAGAAGGAAAUCAGAGUGCACCUAAAGUGGAAGCAAUCUCGACGGAUGAUGUCAUCUCCAAGGAGGCUGGUGAAGAAGUUAAAACAGUUGAUGAGAAGACGAGUGAUGAUGGACAGGAGAAGAAACCGAGUGAAAGUGAACAGCCUGGGAGCGAAAUACCAAGCGAUGACGUCACUGAAACAACACCUGAAGUUGCUGAAAGUGCACAAACUGCAGACAUGAAACUAGAGCAGCAGUCAACAGGAUCAACACCUGUGACAAAUAACAAACAAGGCGAUGAAAAAAUUGAAAACAUGGACACAACAGAGAAUGUAGAGAAGAAAGGGGAUAAUAAUGAAGAAGACGGCGCGGAAGAGGAGAACGCUGAACCAGAAAUAACAACACCUCGGGCCCUGCAUCUUACAGUCUCUUUGUUCGUACGAAAUGUGCCACCAAAGAUCUCCCACUAUGAUCUGGACUCUCUCUGUACUCGUUACCCUGGGUACAUGCGAGUUGUGUUGUCUGAUCCAGCACCUGAAAAAAAAUUCACCCGACGAGGAUGGAUAACUUUCAAACCAGACGUAAACAUCAAAGAUAUUUGCUGGUCUUUGAAUAACAUCAAGCUUAAAGAUGUCGAGCUCAACCCGAUGGUCAACCGAGAACUUGCGAAGCGCGUGCGAACCGUUUCGGGUGCGGCCGUGUUGAAAGGUUGGGUCGAGAGCGAUAUUACCAUGGCAACUAAAUUGAUCCUACAACUUGAUGAGAAGUUUGAAGUGUGGAAACAGGAAGUGAAGCUCGAGGAAAAGAAAGUGGAAGAAGUCAAGCAGGAUGAAACAACGGAUGAAAACAAUGAGAAAAGCGAGGAAAGCAAUGAAAAACCUUCAGAAAACGAGGAGAGCCCAUCCAAAGUAGUGUCUAAAAUCAACAUGCCUCAGAGUAACCCAGUACUAGACUCCAUUCCUUCCAAUAUCUCUGAAAAACUCGCGUCUAAAAGCACCGCUGACAAUCCGGGUGUGAUCCCGGAGUUUGAAACAUCCGAGGGUAACAAAGUCCCUGGACUGGACGGCUCCGAGCAUCCACCCCCGGAGAUUGAUGAAAACUUAGUAAAGUUGCUCGACAAACUCUUGUUAUAUCUGCGUAUCGUACAUUCACUGGAUUACUACAGCGGAGCUGAGUAUUUAUAUGAAGAUGAUAUGCCAAACAGAUGUGGAAUCAUUCACAUAAGAAGCCCUCUUCCUGACAAAGUCAACUAUGAAGAAGUUACGGAGUGGCACAAGAACUUGCAUCAAAAACUCGAUCAACAUUUACAAAAGAAAGAAACUCUCUCCGAGGAGGAAGCUGUGAAGUUGGGCAAGAAAGAUCAAGAGCAGGAGGUCGAGAAGUUUAUCCAAGCGAACACGCAAGAGUUGGCAAAAGAUAAAUGGCUGUGCCCGUUGAGCGGCAAGAAAUUCCGAGGUCCGGAGUUUGUUCAGAAACAUAUCUUCAAUAAACACGGAGAUAAAGUUGAGGAGGUGAAAUCUGAGGUGACUUUCUUCAAUAACUUCGUCUACGACCCGAAUCGACCGAGUGAAGUUGGGGUGAAACCCAUAUCAUCGACCACGCCCGUGCAACAAGGUUUCCAGGGGGGGAUGCAACAACAGUCUGGUGGACAUGGUAACACGGGGGGCUGGGGACGUGGUGGUAUGCAUUACAGUAACCGAGGUGGAUAUAACAAUCAAUAUGGCGGUAGUUUCCGUUCUGAUCAUUACAACAACAGAGGAGGUUUUCAGAAACCACGCAGGGGGAGCUUCAGCGGAGGCGGUGGUCCAAGACAUGACCCACGACCCAUAGUGCAGUACAGGGACCUAGACGCACCCGGGGAUGACAGCGAAUUUUUUUAGUUAAAAAGCAACGUACUUUGGUAGCUUAGAGACCAAAUAUACGCGCAUGCAUUCACCAAUUUCUACCACAGUAACUAAUGGCAUUGAAACGAAUUGUUUCGUAACAGCGAGGCACAAACAGAAUGCAAAGGCGUUAUUGAGAAGAAUGGAAGAACUGUCUUGAUUUAAUAGUAGACAUUAAAUAUCUGUCGAUCGUAGUUUUUGCGUCUAUUUUAAACCGAAAAUAAAGUUUUAAAAAAUGA